GGGGCGGGACCACUCAAUGGCCGGGUUGUCGUUAGGGGCGGGGCCUGUUGCUAGGGGGCGGAACCGCUCCGUUCCCAGUCCGUCUCUAGGGGCGGGGGCUGUCGCUAAGGGGCGGGGCCAGUCGCUAGGGUCGUCCCAGAGGGCGACUUCCGGUCUCCCGGCGGACCAUAGAGUUGGACUUCCGGAGGAACGAGGGGCACGGGAGGAAGCGACGUGGCAGUGACGUCACGCGUCGGCCUGUGGAUCCCGGUAGCGGCGCUCGGACGGACCCGAGUCCCGCCGCAGGUGAUGAGCCCCGAUGAACGCCCGGCGCCGGCACGGCUCUAGGCAGCGGGAACAGGGCGUUUACCUGGGGCCCCCCCAGACACAAGCCGUGUCCCCCCCGCCCUUCGCCGCUGCCCCCCCGCCCCUCGCCGGGCCCCCCCCGCUGCUACCGCCCCCCCCGGACGCCACCAUGUCGUGUCGCGAUAGGACCCAGGAGUUCCUCUCCGCCUGCAAGUCCCUGCAGGGCCGGCAGGAUGGGGGGCAGCUGGGCAGAGCAGCCCCGGGUGCCGGGCGGCAGCGCAGCGAGUUCAGCCUCAUGGCCAAGCGCAUCGGGAAGGAUCUCAGCAACACCUUCGCCAAGCUGGAAAAGCUGACGAUCUUGGCCAAGCGGAAAUCCCUCUUUGACGACAAAGCAGUGGAGAUCGAGGAGCUCACUUAUAUCAUCAAGCAGGACAUCAACAGCCUGAACAAGCAGAUCGCGCAGCUGCAGGAGAUGGUGCGGGCCCGGGGGGGCCAGAGCGGGCGCCACGUCCAGACCCACUCCAACACCGUGGUGGUGUCGCUGCAGUCCAAACUGGCCUCCAUGUCCAACGACUUCAAAUCCGUGUUGGAGGUGCGGACAGAGAACCUGAAGCAGCAGCGGAGCCGCCGUGAGCAUUUCUCCCGCGCCCCCGUCUCCGCUUUGCCCCUCGCUGCCAGCAACUUGGGCGGCUCGGCCAUGCUGCAAACCGAGCCCCAGCGCGCCGGGACGGUGGCCAUCGAGAUGGACGCCCGGACGAGCCAACAGCUCCAGCUCAUCGACGAGCAGGAUUCCUACAUCCAGAGCCGGGCGGACACGAUGCAGAACAUCGAAUCCACCAUCGUGGAGCUGGGCUCCAUCUUCCAGCAGUUGGCCCACAUGGUGAAGGAGCAGGAGGAGACCAUCCAGAGGAUCGACGCCAGCGUGGAGGACGCCCAGCUGAAUGUGGAGGCGGCGCACGGGGAGAUCCUCAAGUAUUUCCAGUCCGUCACCUCCAACCGGUGGCUGAUGGUCAAGAUCUUCCUCAUCCUCAUCGUCUUCUUCAUCGUCUUCGUCGUCUUCCUCGCCUGAGCGCCUGUGUCGUCGUCCCCCGCCCCCGCACACGCACACGCUUCGUGUGUCUCCCCCUCAUUGUCCCACCGAGGGACAGACGGACUCGGUCCGUGCUCUGCGGGGCUCAGAGACGGACAUUGACGUGGGGACGGGGCAGGGGUCUGCUGGGGACCCCAACCUGCCCCUGGGGACCCCAUUGUCCCCCCCCCAGGGACCUCACCGUGCUCCUGGGGACCCCAACUUGCCCCUGGGGACCCCAAUGUGCCUCCGGGGACGCUCUUGUUGUCCCCCCAGGGACCCCAACGUGCCCCUGGGGACCGCCUUUGUCCCCGCUGGGUGGGGUGGGGUGGGGGGGCAACACCCCAUGUCCCCUCCAGCAGGUCCUGCAGCCUAUGCCGAGGCUGGUCCCCAUGUCCGCCCGGUCAUGGUGGCUGCGGACCCCCCCCACUGGUGGGCCAGGAAUUCGGCCAGACCUCCCCCCGCCCCCUCCCCGGACCAUGGACCCGCCAGUAAAGCCGUGGGACCCUCGGGGAGCUGGGCUGGGGGGGCUGUGGACCCCAUUAAAGCUGUGGGACCCCUGGGGGGGGUGCCCUGGGACCUUUAGGGGGGGCUGCAGCCCCUGUUAAAGCUGGGGAACCCCCCGGGGGGGCGGGGAGAAUGCUGUGGACCCCAUUAAAGCCCAUAGCGUGCCCUGGGGGGGCGCUACAGACCCCCUGGUAAAGCCUUGGGACCCCCAAGGCGGGGGGGGGG